CGGCCAGUCGAGUUACCAAACUUCAGUGAGAGUAAAACAGCGAGGAGACAACCGUGGACUAAAACGAGAAGCUAUUUUGUUUCGUUAUUUUUUGUUGUUGUUGUUGUUGUUAUUGGUGAAUACAUGUUAGCUAUGUCAUCUAUUUAAUUGUACACGAUAGCGAGUUAAUAUAACACACGGUAUAUUUAGUCUUUAAUUGACAGUCUAGGAAAAAAUAUACAAAUAAUGAGACUAUAAAGGAAUGUUUUGGUGAAAACGAAAGCUUGACGCUUCCACCGAAACAAAACAGCAGUCCUUAUAUAUACUGUUUCCUGGUAUUCAUUGCACAGCCUGAAUGGAAAACGUCUUAUAUUGUUAGUUAACCAGAAAGCUAACUUAACUCUUAGUGUCUCGAGUGAGACUAUCAAGACUCAACAGCAUCGAUAAACCAACUAUGGACGGAUGUCAACCAAACAUGCGGCCAAAUAACAACGAAAAAAGUGUAGAAAAAUGUAUGGACGAAUACCUGACAUCCAUCGGCUUUCACCGGAAAAAAAUAGCCAAAGACGGGUCGUGUUUAUUUCGGGCUGUAGCUGAACAGGUGUUACACUGUCAAAGCCUCCAUACCAAAGUCCGUGCCACCUGUGUGCAGUAUCUAAAGAAGAACAAGGAGAACUAUGCGGCGUUCAUAGAAGGAGACUUCGAGGAGUACAUAAUGAAACUUGAGGACCCUCAGCACUGGGUGGGAGAGGUGGAGAUAUGUGCACUGGCUCUGAUGUACAAGAGUGAUUUCAUCAUCUUCCAGACCCCUGGUAAACCUCCUGUUCAAAUCACUGACAACGGCUUUAAUGACAAGGUGCGUCUGUGCUUCCUGAACGGGAACCAUUACGACAGUGUCUACCCCAUAGCUCAUGUGAAGAAUGCUGCCCUGUGCCAGUCCGUCCUGUACGAGCUCCUCUAUGAGCGCGUGUGUGGCACGGACCAUUCCGUGGUGGCUCCCUGUCUGAAGGGCGGUACCGGUAACCGUGGCAACGACCUUCUCGAAGACGACCCGGACAAUGAGCAGUGUCGUAGCAGCGACGAGUCGGACCUGGAGGGAGAGGACGCUCUCUGGAGCCAGGAUGGACCGGCUGGACCUGCAGGCCGGGGACUCACCGUUAAGGGUCGAGGAAGUCGAGGCCCACCCUUCUCCAACAGGGUCAGACGUUCUCUCAACCCCUCCCUCUACAGAAACACUGAGUACGACGUCUGGGUCAAGUCCAAGCGAGCUCAGCAGAAGCUGGAUUUCUGCAUCGCCGCUGGAAUGCAGUAUACAGUGGGAGACAAGUGCAAGGUUCGCCUUGACAACGGUGGGCGUUACUACGGCGCCUACAUCCAGGAAGUGUCGCCUGACAACGGGCCUGUCACUGUCUUCAUAGAGGAACUGGGCAAGAAACACACUGUGUCCCUCUGGAACCUGCGCCCCCCCACAGAUGAGACGUUGUCCUGGAGCACGGUGGCCCGAGACGGAAAGAGACUGAACAACGGCUCUGCUCCAAACUCUGAUUGGGAGGGCAGGGGAAGAGGGAGGAAGUCGGGGAAGCCUUCGACGCAGUCUGUCUCCCAGGCUAAAGGACCCUCCCAAAGUGGUGGGCGUGGUGUCCAGAAGCAGCACUCUUGGCCCCUGCAGGCCACCGUAGAGGAGGGAGGUGUCCGGAGCACCAACACCAGGAGACCCUCUUCCACCUCUGUGUCAGAGGCAGCAUCAGUAGCAGCAGUGGAAGCAUUUGGUCUAUCAGAGGCACAGCGUCAAGCCAAAGAGGAGGAGCAGAGGAACAUGGCCCUGCUGGAGAUGGCACUACGGGAUGAGAGAAGCUUCCCUGCACUGGGGGUGGUGUCUAAUGCCAGUGAGGGGAAGAAGAGGACAGGCAGAGGCAUGAGGAGAUCAACACUCGAGGAGGAGAGGAAGACCCCAUCACCUCCUACUCCUAACCUUCCUGCUACUCCUAAACUUCCUCCUAACCUUCCUCCCACUCCUAACCUUCCUCCUAACCUUCCUCCCACUCCUAGCCUUCCUGCUAACUUUCCUCUCACUCCUAACCUUCCUCUCACUCCUAACCUUCCUCCCACUCCUAACCUUCCUCCUAACCUUCCUCCCACUCCUAACCUCCCUCCCACUCCUAACCUUCCUCCCACUCCUAACCUCCCUCCCACUCCGAACCUACCUGCUACUCCUAACCUUCCUCCCACUCCUAACUUUCCUCUCACUCCUAACCUCCCUCCCACUCCUAACCUCCCUCCCACUCCUAACCUCCCUCCCACUCCUAACCUCCCUCCCACUCCUAACCUCCCUGCUACUCCUAACCUUCCUCCCACUCCUAACCUUCCUCCCACUCCGAACCUACCUGCUACUCCUACCUUUCCUGCUACUCCUAACCUUCCUCCAACCACCAUUCCUUCCACCCCUAUCCAUGUCAACUCCUGGCCUAAAACAACUGCUGCUGUUCCAGUCGUCCCCACCCCUCACCUCGUCCCACCUGUGUCUGGGGUUUUAACUGCCCUACCUCUGGUGACCACUGUGCCCGACACGGUGACCUCUGUGCCCGACACGGUGGACCAAUCCCCUCAGACAAUACAGACUGUCCCUCUCAACCCCCCCUCUCUCAAUCUCACCCACCCCUCCUCUCUUCCACAAUCUGGUCAACCCUAUCUACCCCAAUGUUCUCUCUCCCUGGAUCCUCCAUCCAGUGAGGUCUCCUCAGCCUACACCCCAGCUUUGUCCCACAUCGGUGUUCCCCCCACUUCCUUCCUCCCCACCAACCACCCAUCUCACCCCUCCAACCACCCACCUCACCCCUCCAACCACCCUUCCCUUCCCCCCGGGCUCUCCCCAGCCCCCCUCCAGCCCCAGACUGUCACCCAGCCCCCCCUGUCGUUCCACCAGCUGGCUCAUCUCUACCAAGACCCCUUGUUCCCAGGGUUUCCUUUGUCUGACAAGGAAGAGAUCGUCCAGACUCCCCUUUAUUCUUAUAUCCACACGGGAGAGGACCUGCCACGAGAUGUCAACAUCCUGAGGUUUUUCUUCAACCUUGGUGUGAAGGCGUUCACCAACCCCAUGUGGCCCCCCCACUCUUACAUCCUCCCUCUUCACCAGGCCUACAGCAUGCAGCCCAAACUACCCUCAGUCUCCCUCCCCUCUUCCCACUGGUACCCCUCCCACCCCUCCACCGUGCCCCAGGAGGGGUACGGACACCCCCACCCUCAGUACCCCUCCCCCUCGGGUUUGGGGGGCCUCCAUCUGCAUGACAGCCUCCAGAGAUCAACCCCCCAAUCGGCUGCAGAACCUCCCCAGCAUAUGGAGUUCAGAUACGGGCAGGAUGGUCGCUCCGCCCUGGGGUACCCUUCCAACCGCCACCUUCACCCUGCCUCAACCCAGCCCGUGCCGUUCCAGCAACGUCUGGCUGGCUCUCUACCCUGGUGUAGCAACGUUACCCCGCGACCGAACGCCUACGCUGGGGUAUGCUCUGUACCCACACCCCUGACACAAUACUCUCCACAAGCACCCCAACCUGCACCUCCCAACCAGUACCCGACUGCACCUCCCAACCAGUACCCGACUGCACCUCCCAACCAGUACCCGACUGCACCCCAAUCCUCUACCCACACCUCUCAAGCUCAGCCCUACACUCCAGCUCCAGCCGCCUCCCCUCCCUCCGUACCCCAGUACCAAUCAGCAUCUCUGGGGUACCCUCCCCCGAGGCUGCCCAGUGGGAACCAGACCCAAGGACCGCUGGAUCCUUGCCCCGCCAGCGGUGCCUCUUCCCUGGGUAUGAGGUCCAGCCACAGCCCCCUGGAGAACCAUAAUGCUUAUACUACCUCUGUUGUCAAUAUUACUACUGAUGCUGCUGCUACAACCUUGUCUAGUACUACUGCUUCCAACACAGAGAGAGGUGAGUGCUGACCUCUCUACAUUUUAUGUGAUCGAUUAUUUUGUUUGAUAAAGUUGGAAACGAAAAAACACUCUUUUUACUUGUUUACACAAAGAUUUAGAGGUUGAACACAUUCUCUCACUUUACUAACAGAGAGGAUUUAGAGGUUGAACACAUUCUCUCACUUUACUAACAGAGAGGAUUUAGAGAUGAACACAUUCUCUCACUUUACUAACAGAGAGGAUUUAGAGAUGAACACAUUCUCUCACUUUACUAACUGAGAGGAUUUAGAGGUUGAACACAUUCUCUCACUUUACUAACAGAGAGGAUUUAGAGGUUGAACACAUUCUCUCACUUUACUAACAGAGAGGAUUUAGAGAUGAACACAUUCUCUCACUUUACUAACAGAGAGGAUUUAGAGGUUGAACACAUUCUCUCACUUUACUAACAGAGAGGAUUUAGAGGUUGAACACAUUCUCUCACUUUACUAACAGAGAGGAUUUAGAGGUUGAACACAUUCUCUCACUUUACUAACAGAGAGGAUUUAGAGAUGAACACAUUCUCUCACUUUACUAACAGAGAGGAUUUAGAGAUGAACACAUUCUCUCACUUUACUAACAGAGAGGAUUUAGAGAUGAACACAUUCUCUCACUUUACUAACAGAGAGGAUUUAGAGAUGAACACAUUCUCUCACUUUACUAACAGAGAGGAUUUAGAGAUGAACACAUUCUCUCACUUUACUAACAGAGAGGAUUUAGAGGUUGAACACAUUCUCUCACUUUACUAACAGAGAGGAUUUAGAGAUGAACACAUUCUCUCACUUUACUAACAGAGAGGAUUUAGAGAUGAACACAUUCUCUCACUUUACUAACAGAGAGGAUUUAGAGAUGAAUACAUUCUCUCACUUUACUAACAGAGGAUUUAGAGAUGAACACAUUCUCUCACUUUACUAACAGAGAGGAUUUAGAGAUGAACACAUUCUCUCACUUUACUAACAGAGAGGAUUUAGAGAUGAAUACAUUCUCUCACUUUACUAACAGAGAGGAUUUAGAGGUUGAACACAUUCUCUCACUUUACUAACAGAGAGGAUUUGGAGCUAAUUUAAUUUCUCUAGUAGGAACCUUUAAGUUGUUUAUGGUAAUCAACGAUAUAAGUGGACGGUUUGGUCAGUCUCUAAUGUUCGGGUUAUUGUCUCAGCUUUACAGACUGUUCUUGCAGGCUUUGCAGACAGAGGACAGGGAGACAUGAAGACGGCUAGCACUCUGCUAGUGAACCCUCCUCUUCCUCCUACUGAGCAGGUCACAUGGGUCCCCGAGGGUCACCUGAUAACAACAGUAAGUGCCCAGACCAUGUUCAAGGAUGUAUCCGUCGGCAUGGCGAUGCAGGGUGCGGGCGACGCCCCAAUGACCCAGAGUGGGUCGGAGUUUAACAUGAAAACGACCAAUGAGACGACGACGGGAGGGAGCUGGGGCGAGACUUCAUAUUUAGUGCCCCAGGCCCCAAGCGGCGUAACAUCAUUGGACCGAGACUGGGAGGGAGGGGAGUGGCUAGACCCUAAUGACCACACCCUCAGAAACGGAAAGAAGUUCUACAGUCGCUCCUUCAGAGGUGGAGGAGGGAGGGGAGGACACGAGGAGGGAGGAGGAGCCAGAGGGUAUAGAGAGAACCGUUGGAGGGGUGAGAGACGGGGGGUAGGAGGUUACCGAGGAGUGGGGAGGAGAGAUAACAGGGAAGGUUUCCGGGAACAAGACCGAGGGGACAGGAAGCAGGAAGGAAGAGUGGGCGACGCCACCUCUAAAGGACAAAAUGUGAGGGGUCGGGGGAGGAGCUACCACUACAAUCAACAGCAAUCCAAUGUCAGAGAGGCAGGCGACUCUAGUGGGAUGAGAAACCCCCCAUAUACAGAUUUGUGAGAUUUGAUUGGCUGAUAUGGCUUUUUUUGUUUAUAUUUUUGUUUUUUUCUGAUUUGGUAUUUUAAUAGUCUGGUUUGUGGGAUUAUAUAGCUGUCGUUGGACUAGUCUUUUUAAAAAAGAAAAAAAAAAUCUGUCAAGUGUCUUUCUCCAUGUUAUUGUUGCUUUCUGGACUCGGGCUGUAUCCCACAUAUAGUGCACUACCCCCCCAUAGGGCCCUGGUCAAAAGUAGUGCACUACAUAGGGAUUAGGGUGUCAUUUGGGAUACAGACUAUCUCCUCUGAAAGAUGUUAAUCCUGCACAGGGUAGUUAAUGUUAUUCCAGGUAGAUGUUUGAAUUUUCAUUUAAUAAAAGGUUGCUGUAUUAGA